AUGGAUACAUCUCUGGUUCGAAUCUCCGGAGGAGUGACAUCUGAUUCUAACAAAAAGGAAGACGGAGCUCAUCCUCGCUGCAACGAGAAUAAAAGAAGACGGAGACUAGAUUGCUGGAACAAUGAGGAAGGAGGAGGAGAGCUCCAGUCUGUUUGUCGGAGGAGCCACAGUUUUUCCCAGAGGCAGCGGCGCAGCGACAUGAAUCGUUUAUUGGAACAAAUGCAUUCAUUGUUGCCAAAUCCCACCGCCAAGAAAGAGAAGGCGUCCAUUCUAGCAGAGACCAUAAGCUACAUCGAAUCUCUCCAGCAACAGCUGGCCAUUUAUUCAGGAAGAUUUGCAGAUACCCAACUGCAAAACCAUACAAAUACUGAUACCGUGAAAUGUGAAUCUUUGAGCUCCGUGCAAGAAAUUCUUCAACGUUCCUCGUCUAGUUCUGUUUGUUUUAGAUCUUCUUCACUGCAAUACUUAAGCAGCAUUUCUAAGGAGGAAAACUUGCUAGUGAACUGCAUCGGCACAGACAUUUUCAUUACAAUCAACUGUGCGAAUAAGGUGAGCCUCUUGCCUUCAAUUAUAUUUACGGUGGAGUCAAACGGCAUACAAGUCGUGGAUGUGUUCGUUUCUGCCACAAAUGCAAGCGCCUUCCAUUUUCUGCUUGUGAAGGCUACCCAUAUUUUGAUUCCUGCAGCCAGAGAAACUUUGCAUCUUAGAUUAAAGCAACUUAUGGAUCAUUGA